GGAUAGUGAUUGAUCUGGGAAGGAUUGAUCUGGGAAUUGAUUAAAAACCCACAUGCAUCAUUAUCAUGGAAUCCUUGUUCUCAGCAUUGAUGACCUUUUCACCUUCCUGCCACUUUCCUUCUCGAUAUUCUUGGAAUAUAUUUCUAUUAAUUUAUUUUUGAAUAUCCCAGUAUGAGUUGGAAUCCUAGUUCACUUCUACUACACUAGUUUCGUUCUUUCCUGGGUAGUUUGCUUUUCCGGUGUUCGUGUCUGUUAGGAUUCCAAGUCCUAAACAAAUUCCCCGUGAGAAUCUCUCUCUCUCUCUCUUAACUUAUAUCCAUAUAUUCGCAUAUGUACAUCCUUCGUGGUAAUUCUCCAUUGAUAUCUUUCCUUCUUCGUAACAUUGUCUCGCAGUUGUUCGGUUUUCUGUUUGUUGUGUUUCAGAGUACUUGAGAGAAGGAGCACCAGUUUUUGCAAUACAAUAAUCAUGGGUGACGUAUUGCCCGUUGAGGGGAAGGAUACCUCGGAGUUCGACGAGGAAUGUCCUAUUAAACAGGUCGAUCUAACGGUGCCCAAAACCGACGAUCCGACCAUACCGGCGGUCACAUUCAGGAUGUGGGUUCUGGGUGUUACUGCGUGUGUCAUACUGUCCUUUGUGAACCAGUUCUUUUGGUACAGGAAACAGCCAUUGUCGGUCAGUUCAAUAUCUGCCCAGAUUGCGGUGAUACCGAUUGGGCACUUUAUGGCGAGGGUGCUGCCAAAGCGUCCCUUCUUUGAGGGUACGAGGUUGGAGUUCACUUUGAAUCCGGGGCCCUUCAACAUCAAGGAACACGUUUUAAUCACUAUUUUUGCGAACUCGGGUGCUGGAUCGGUUUAUGCAGCUCAUAUUUUGUCUGCUGUUAAGCUCUAUUAUAAGAGGAGCCUCCCAAUUCUUCCGGCCUUUCUUAUUAUGCUCACGACUCAGGUGUUAGGGUUUGGAUGGGCUGGACUUUUCAGAAAAUAUCUGGUUGAGCCGGCGACAAUGUGGUGGCCUUCUAACCUGGUUCAGGUUGCAUUAUUCAGGGCCCUACAUGAGAAGGAAAAAAGGCCUAAAGGCUAUACUACACGUACCCAAUUCUUCCUACUGGUUUUGAUUUGUAGCUUUGCAUAUUAUGUCUUACCUGGCUAUCUUUUUUUCAUGUUAACAUCAAUGUCUUGGGUCUGCUGGAUUGCUCCGAAGUCUGUUCUUGUCCAACAACUGGGUUCUGGCUUAGAAGGCCUUGGUAUAGGUUCCUUUGGGAUUGAUUGGAGUACAAUUUCCUCUUACCUUGGGAGUCCAUUAGCUAGUCCAUGGUUUGCCACCGCCAACACUGCUGUUGGGUUCUUACUUGUAAUGUAUGUGAUGACACCCAUUUCUUACUGGUUCGACUUCUACAAUGCCAAGACCUUUCCAAUAUAUUCCAACAACCUUUUCACAUCAAACGGUUCGGAAUACAACAUUUUGAGCAUCAUUAACUCCAGAUUUCAUCUUGAUCGUGCUACUUAUGGACAGAUGGGGCCUGUACAUCUGAGCACAUUCUUUGCUAUGACUUAUGGCGUUGGGUUUGCCACACUUACUGCUACGGUUGUGCAUGUUCUGCUAUUCAGUGGAAGUGAUUUAUGGGAGCAAACUAAAAGUGCCUUUGGAGGGAGUAAAAAGGAAGAUAUACAUACCAGGCUUAUGAAGAAGUACAAAUCAGUUCCUACGUGGUGGUUUCUUGUCAUCCUUGUGUUGAACAUUGCUCUUAUAAUGUAUGCUUGCAUGCAUUACAAUGAGUCACUCCAAUUGCCUUGGUGGGGUGUGCUGCUAGCUUGUGGCAUUGCCAUUUUCUUCACUCUUCCAAUUGGUAUCAUCGCUGCCACCACAAACCAGAUGCCAGGGUUGAAUAUUAUAACAGAAUACAUUAUUGGGUACAUGUACCCCGAGCGUCCCGUUGCUAACAUGUGCUUCAAGGUGUAUGGAUACAUCAGCAUGACUCAAGCUCUAACGUUUUUGGCAGACUUUAAACUUGGCCAUUACAUGAAGAUUCCACCAAGAUCGAUGUUCUUGGCACAGGUGGUUGGAACUUUACUAGCAGUUAUUGUAUACACGGGAACUGCAUGGUGGCUGAUGGAAAGCAUCCCCCACCUCUGUGAUACCUCUAUGCUGCCAAAGGACAGCCCUUGGACUUGCCCAAUGGACCGUGUCUUCUUCGAUGCAUCUGUCAUCUGGGGGCUUGUUGGACCUCGUAGAAUCUUUGGAAACCUUGGCGAAUAUGGGAAUGUCAACUGGUUCUUUCUGGGUGGAGCCAUUGCACCUUUCCUAGUCUGGCUUGCACACAAGGCAUUCCCAAAACAAAGCUGGAUUCGAUUGAUUCACAUGCCUGUCCUGUUGGGUGCUACGUCGAUGAUGCCACCAGCUAGUGCCGUAAACUACACAAGUUGGAUCAUUGUUGGGUUUCUCUCCGGAUAUGUAGUCUUUAGGUACAGGCCAGAAUGGUGGAAGCGCUAUAAUUAUGUCCUUUCUGGUGGUCUUGAUGCUGGAACUGCUUUCAUGACAGUGUUGCUGUUUGUUACCAUGGGAUCAAGGGGAAUUGACUGGUGGGGAAACAAUGUGGAAGGGUGCCCCUUAGCUUCUUGCCCAACUGCAAAAGGUGUUGUGGUUGAUGGCUGCCCAGUUGUCUAUUAAAACUAUAUAGUUUACCUGCAUUUUUUAGGUUUUAAGAACUACUCCUCUUUUUUAAGGUUUUAAAUGGAUGUUAAUAUUUCUGAUAUGUUUUCAGUUUAUAUGAGGCUGUUCAUGCUUUUUAAAUUAA